AAGGUAUGCGUGAUAAGAGUGGAGUUGAGAAGGUUUCACUUUCGUAGUGUCUUCCCAUCAGCCCGGUAAGGAGCAGGGUGUGUGCAGGUCGAUCCGUCAAGUGUUUGUUGAGAUAAUUCGAGAGGUUUUACUAGUUAAAAAGAUUAAACAUGUCUGACGACGCACAACAACAAAAAGUCCGGGCCGCCACCUCAAAUGUGUUGACAAAGUUUAAUCAGAGGGUCAUCCAAGAAAUGAAGGAGGCCUUCACAAUGAUUGAUCAGAACAGGGACGGUUUUAUCGAUAUUAACGACCUGAAGGAAAUGUUCUCAUCGUUAGGAAGCACACCCGAUGAUAAAACCUUGAAAGAAAUGUUGGCCGAGGCCCCCGGACCCCUCAACUUCACAAUGUUCCUCUCCCUCUUCAGCGACAAACUCGGCGGUACCGAUCCCGAGGAUUCUUUAAAGAACGCCUUCGCCAUGUUUGACAAGGAUGGAAAGGGAAAAAUUCCAGAGGAGUACAUCAAGGACUUAUUAGAAAACAUGGGAGACAACUUCACAAAGGAGGAGAUGAGGCAGACGUUUAAAGAAGCCCCUAUUGAAGGAGGAAAGUUAGAUUAUGAGAGAUUUGUAGGGAUCAUCAAGGGAAGCAGCUCAGAAGAGGCAUAAUAACAUCGAACUUCUAGUCGACUCAAUUCUCAUCCAUCACCCCUCAAAAAUACGAACUUUAAUCUCCGUGAAUGUGGCGUAAAAGACUUAAAAAUCACGUGUCAGUGUGUCAAAAUGGACAAUAAAUAAUCUAUACCUACGGACAGCAGUUGAAGGCUCAUUUUGAAAUAAGGGGUGGAAAAUCUUUGUAUUUUAUUUUUUUCUUCCUAAAUUAUCUGUUUUAAUUACGGUUUUUCUCAAGCCAAAGAGCACUACCAUUCCAUUACUAUUUCUGUUAGACACAUUUGCUGCCUCUGCUCCCCGGGCCUUAGUUAGGAAGCACUCCCACCUUCAGCAGAGUGUGUCUGUUGUUAAGGAGGCGCGUGGAGUAUUUCGGAAACCAUCUUGAUUGUUGUAAAUAUAGAGAGUGACAUCUGAUUUGUAUCUUGCCUCCGUCUUCUUCUGUUGGCUUGGGAUGAAUCGUCUGAAAUUCGAUCCAUGGCAGCCAAAACCACUGCCAAAUUUAGAACACCUGUCAUUUGUUCGUUUCUCAUACAGUGUUAGCAUCCCAUUAGUACCAAAGCUCUAGCGUAAUCUAAUAAUAGAUAACGAUAUUCCUACACUGUAUAUGAUGUGUUUUGUUGGGUGGGAGGAUAAUAACUGCGGAGGCUGUUUGCUCCCUGUGUUAUGUGAUUUAUGAAAGUGAUUGUAUUAUUUAUUUCUCUUGUUUAGAAAAUAUUGACCUGUCGUAUAUUCAUUCAUGAUGGAUCAAAGUUAUAAAAAUUUUAUUUGAUUAAUCAUAUUAUUUAUUUAUAAUUGUUAAUCCAAUUGAAUAUUUUUUAACUAGCGCGUGACCGACAACCUCUGGCCAGUUUGUAGACAAGUACUUGAUCUACAGCGGAAGCCAUGUCAGUACUGCCACGCCCUCUAGGGCUUAGUUGAUGAACUGUUAGGGUUUCUGAACUCGCCCUAUAGGGGGCGCUGCCUCAUGUGAUAUGUUGGCAUGGCUGCCGCUUAUGCUACUACCUGGGUGGAUUGUUCCCAAUGUAACCAUUUAUUGUACUAAUAAAACCUCUGUGCACAGAGUGA